AUGGGGCUUGACCAAGCACCAGCUAUUCUGUGUUACAUUGCAAACCAGCGGAAGUUAGAAAGUAUAAAUGACAAUGAAGUUGGACUUUACAUUGGAUUGAGAAACCUAACCGUGGUGGAUUCAGGCUUAAAGUUCGUUUCUCGUCAGGCAUUUCUGAAAAACAUCAAUCUGCAGUACAUUAAUUUAUCCAGAAACAAGCUUUCAAGUUUAUCUAAGAAGCCUUUUCGCCAUCUGAGUUUGUCUGAUUUGAUCCUAGUGGACAAUCCAUUCAAGUGUUCCUGUGACAUUAUGUGGAUCAAGAUAUUUCAAGAGACCAAGUUUUCUAAUGCAGAAACUCAGGAUUUUUAUUGCAUAAAUGACAACAACAAGAGGAUAGCCCUGAUGGAAAUGCAGAUCCCAAACUGCGGCUUGCCUUUGGCAAACUUAAGCAGUUAUAACCUCACUGUUCUGGAAGGAAAUAGCAUCACAGUGUAUUGUGAUGCCACUGGAGUGCCACUUCCCAACGUAUCCUGGGCUUUCACUAAUCUUGUUUCAAACCACGAGAGUGAUACAAGUAAGAAUCCUGCCUCAUUAACCAUAAAGAAUGUUUCUUCUAAGGACAGUGGACUACGGAUUUCUUGUUUAGCAGAAAAUAUUGUGGGAGAAGACCAAGCUUCUGUUGAGCUCACGGUGUUCUUUGCACCAAAUAUCACAUUUAUUGAAUCUCCAACCUCGGACCACCACUGGUGCAUUCCAUUCACUGUGAAAGGGAACCCUAAACCCACACUGCAGUGGUUCUAUGAAGGGGCUAUACUGAAUGAGUCAGAAUACAUCUGUACUAAAAUACAUGUUAUCAAUCAAAGUGAAUACCAUGGCUGCCUUCAGUUGGACAACCCUACCCACUUGAACAAUGGAGCUUAUACCUUACUGGCAAAGAAUGAGUAUGGAGAAGAUGAGAAGCGAGUUGAUGCUCAUUUUAUGUCAAUGCCAGGAGAUGGUAGUGGCCCAAUCCUAGAUCCUGAUCUUUAUGAUUAUGAAACCACACCUAAUGAUAUUGGAGACACCACAAAUAACAGUAAUCAGAUCACUUCUACGGGUUUUAUCAACACAGAGAAUGAAGAUAGCAUCACUGUGUAUGUUGUGGUGGGGAUUGCAGCACUGGUGUGCACUGGCUUAGUGAUAAUGCUCAUUAUUCUGAAAUUUGGAAGACACUCUAAGUUUGGGAUGAAAGGUUUUGUUUUGUUUCAUAAGAUCCCACUGGAUGGGUAAAUGAAAUAAGGAAAAAUGAGAGAGGGGCUGUUAAGCUUGUUUGUUGAAGCUCUUUGCUGCACUCUAGGGCAUGGACGUUGUUCUUAUCCUGUGAAUUGCCACAUCCCUUGGACCUCUCUUUUAGCCAUUGGUUGUGUUUGGAGGACUCUAGAAGUACACACAGAUCAUUAGCUGGUUUGGAGCCAUCAGGGCAAGGUCAGCCCUCAGGCAGCUAUAGAACUCAAGAAAGCACAGAAAUAACCUGUCAUAUUCUUUUUUAUUAUCUUGUUUUUACUGUGGCUUCAAAAUGACAUUUAAAUGAAAUUCAAUUACAUUGUUUCCUUUGUCAAAAAAACCUUUCUGUUUCAACUUAACUGGAAAGAUGUUGGUUUUUAUAGGUAUCUAAUAAAGGUGAACUGCAAACAUUUUGUAUUUAAGAAGUAAUCAAAUGUUUAAGACUCAGAUUCUGAGAACACUUAGCGACUUUGAGUGUUAAUUCAAUAGAGCACUUGAACAGGUGUGUAAGGUUCCCUUUGUUUGCGUUGCUGCUAACUUUAAGCAAAUGCUUAAGUCCUUUGGUGGGGAUCCUUUGUUGAUCCAUAGCCAAAAUCACAUAAACAAUCCCCACCUCCCAAAUUAAUAGUCUAGAUUUCACAAACCAAACACAUACAUAUGUACAUAACUCUUACUGGUAGGAGCAAUGAGACUUCUUGGGCGAGUUAAAGCUAAGUACAUGGAUAAGUAUUUGUAUUGGUCUACAUUCAAAAUGUAACACUUUUGAAAACCCUUUCCACGUUCAUUGCUUGCCACAUCCUGAGUUCAGCACUUAAACUUUUCUGUUUAGAAGGUGCCACCGGGAUAAAAAAGAAGAAAAAAAUGUCAAGGCAAGUAUUUUUUUUAAUUAAAAAAUAAAUAAUUCAAGAGACUAGCAGACAAAGAAGCUGAAAUGAACCUUUGUGAAAAGAAAUAUGUUUUCCUUGCCAUACACUAACUCUGUGGGUUUUGAAUGAAUGAGUGGUCUGAUUUCAGUUUCUCCUGGUCUAUUAGGGACAGACAUUACACAUAAACGGGUUAAACUGAUCAGGAAUUGGUUUAAACCUGUAACAGAACAGACAUCCAGUGCAAAUAAACCAAUUUGAAAAUGGUUGAAACCAGUUUGAGAU